AACGCUUCACACUACUGUGUAUCAUUCAUCCAUUCACACACAUUCACACUCUCAUGGUGAUGAGCUACAAUGUAGUCACAAAUGCCUUGGGGCGCAUUGACAGAGGCAAGGCUGCCAAGCACAGGCUCUACUGUGCAGUACACACCCUAAAAUGAGUCUUUCCUGCUUCUCCCAGAAUAAUUAAAUAGUUACAGAUGCUUAUUAGGUGUCAGAUCUUCACCUGCAAGCCUCUUGGCAACAUCAAGGACAGAGCCUACAAGUCGUACCUUAGAAAAGAAGCUACGCAGGAUCUUCAUACUAAGGAAUUCUUUCAUUUUCCGUAAAACUAAAGGUAUGGAUUACAGACUGAUCCACUGUCUUCUGUUGGUGACUCUGUCUUGGAGAUUUAUGGGUGGCUAUGCUCAGAACAGUUCUGCAAAUGCAACUCCUACACAAGAAACCAUUACAACCAUUGGGGCUACAGUAACAACAGGACCAUCCAGUGCAGCCACUGGGGCUACAGUAACAACAGGACCAUCCAAUGCAGCCACUGGGGCUACAGUAACAACAGGACCAUCCAAUGCAGCCACUGGGGCUACAGUAACAACAGGACCAUCCAAUGCAGCCACUGGGGCUACAGUAACAACAGGACCAUCCAAUGCAGCCACUGGGGCUACAGUAACAACAGGACAAUCCAGUGCAGCCACUGGGGCUACAGUAACAACAGGACCAUCCAGUGCAGCCACUGGGGCUACAGUAACAUCCGGACCAUCCAGUGCAGCCACUGGGGCUACAGUAAAUACAGGAGGGGCCAAUACAAUGGUGGUCUCAACUGGGGCAAACAAUUCUACCAUGUCAACUACAACCACAACACUGGCUCCUACACUGAUACCAAAUGACACAGUUGUAGAUCUUGAUACACCUUUUUCUAGGAAUGGAUGUGGAACCCAACAGCUGUGUUUAGCUGAGCCCUCCAAGUGUGAUCCAUCAUCAUCAGCAUGCUUCUUUCUUGCUGCAAAGCAGCAGAGCGGUCAAACGUUUCAGUUUGACCUCUCAGGACAGUCAGAUGGUUACAUUGCACAAACACUGUCAACAGGCUCCACAGGGGGAGACACAACCUAUGUCUGUGCAAAGAGUAGGAAUGCUGUUAAAUUUUUUGGUGCUGUCCUCAACAAUGGCAAGUUAACAAAGUCAAAGGUCAGUGCAAAUUCUGUGAAAGGCCGUGUCAAUGGAAAACAUAUCCAGUGUACUUUCCUUGCCUUACUACCAACCUCCACAUCAAGAGCAACAGGCUUCACAGUGUCUGUCUCCUCUGGAGCAUACAAUGAUACUACUGAGGAUUUGGGAAAUCCCAGCCCUGUGAUAAAGGCCGCUGUGGCAAACCUGACAGAUCCCAAUGCCAAUGUCACCAAUGAGGUUAAUACAACAACCCCAGUUGUAGAUACCAAUGCAACCACUGCAGCACCAGUCGGAACUGAUACAACUUUGUCAGUAGCAGUAAACACUACAGCAACAGCAGUGACAUCAAAUACAAUCCCAGUAGCACCUCUUUCGGACACUGUUACAACAACUGAUUGUGGUUCCAAAAAGCUUUGUGUUGCUGAACCGAAGACAUGUGACCCGUCUGCAGGAAAUAAGUGUUAUUUUAUUUCUGCUAAGCAGCAGAGUGGUCAGUUGUACGACUUUGAGCUCUCAGGACAGUCAGAUGGUUACAUUGCUGCAGGUCUUUCAACAUCCUCUGGUCAGGCUGACAGCCAUCGAGCCUACAUUUGUGCGAAUCACAGCAAUGCUGUGAGAUUCUUCACUGGCACGCUCACCAACUUCGUGGUGAACUUGGCUUCGCUGGAUGCAAGCACUGUGAAGGGUAAAGUCAAUCAAGGCAAAAUCCAGUGUACAUUUUCAGCUACACUGCCAAACACCACCACACGAGCAGCAGGUUACUCACUGUCUGUUUCAUCUGGAAGUUACAAUCCUGCUACUGGAGAGUUUGGACAAGCAUCCUUCAGGAUUCAGACCGAUGUUGUAAACUUGUCAGAUCCCAACGCCACUAUCUCUAAUCAGAUCAACUCUACUAGUGGUGCUUAUCCAGCUGCACACCAGCAGUCACUGAUGAUGCCAGCUCUGCUGCUCGUCGUGACAAUCCUGGCUUUCACCAUGCAGUAAAUUUUCUCAACUUUUUUAAUUGGAAUUUCCCAGUUGUUUCUGAAUUUUAUGCUCUCACACCAUAAAUGGAACAUUCCAAGUAGGACUUAUUUUGUGCUGACCCUUCAAGGUAAAAAAAAAAAGUAAAGGUCAUGCUCAGUCUGAAGCUUUUUCCAGAUAUGUUUUUUUUACUGUUUCAGAUCUUAAAGCUGUCAUUUUGAAAAUGUAUCAACAACUCAACUGCUGGACUUCUGUUUUGUGAGAUAAAACAAUGUUAAACUUAAAAUUAAACAAAAAUAUAGCACAAAACAGCUAUGUCACCUUUACUAUUAUAUGCUAGAGUUUCUGCAAUCUUAAGGUUUAAAGGUAAAAUGUAAAGGGACCACAUUUAUAAAAAUCUGCUCAGAAAUUUGACUAAAACUCUACUUAAGCUCAGCAAGUACAUGACAGCUGUGAGAGGGGCGGACAGAUCUAGACGGUGGUCAUAAAAACAAAGUGAUCAGCUCUAAAGUGGGAGGCAAAGAAGAAGAUGGCAGUAGUUAUUUUAUUGACGCCAUCCAAAAUGGUAGUCAGGGAUCACUGAGAUAUUCCAGAUCUAAGGGUAACAUUUAAUUCAACAUAAAGGGUCUUUAGAAAGGAAAUGCCACAAACUGUUCUGUUUUAUAAACAUAUCAAUACACUGCUGGAAUGAAGGGAAUAGGAGACUAGACUGUUGAUUUGUUGUGUGCGUGUGUGUGUGUGUGUGUGUGUGUUUGCUUAAAUACAUUUAAAGAAAGUUCCUUAAGCAACUUCCAGACGCCGGUUUGUGUGUAAACAAACGUUCUAACUGAGGCGCCUGAAUACCUUUAGUCCCAUUCCUUUGUGAACAUCCCUGCUUUGUUGAUCAUUUAGGGCUUAUUUUAAAGGGCUAAUUAUGGGAUGCUUUGUGUAAUUUGUAUCUUGUAUCUUUUUAAGGUUUCAUUUUGUAAUUGUGCUGUUGGUUUUUAGUUUUGUUAAAUAUGAAGCCUUUACUGGCUGAUAUCUUAUUGAAUAUUUUGGGGCAAAUUUGGAAUCUAUGAAGAAAACUAAUAUUUUAUUAAAUAUUGAUUAUACAUCUUAAAUGAACAUGUUUUCCUUGAAAUUUAAAUAAAAACGAUUUGAAUUUCAAUUCUUUCCUUGG